AUGACCGAGUCUAGACCAAAGAUCUCUUUUGGACACCAACACCCCUCAGCAAAACUGGCGUCCGGCGUCUCUCUGAUUGCCCGACUCUCGAAAUCUCCACGAAGCACCCCGAAACAGGCCAUGAGAGACUCGCCGAGACUCACCCCAACCAAGUCUCCGUGGCCAGCAAAAACCAUCACCCCGACUCAACCACAAACACAGAUGGAUGAAGAAAAGGAAAACACAGACGACUACGACUAUUCUCCGGGCGUUAUCACUCGGGCAUCAUGCGAACCUCUCUCUGCAUCAGCAUCUCCAAGCCCUCUUCCUAAAAUCUCCGUGGCCAAGCGACAACGGCAAGACUAUCUCAUGGGGACUUCUCCUCCGACAUUCCACAUCAGACGAGACUCCGAAGUCCAGACUUCCACACCUGUAGGCAAUUCGACACUGAAAGCCUUUGAGAAUCUUGACAUCUCAUGUGAUAUUGUGACACCAAAAAAGUCCACAGAGCUGAGCAUAGAUAGUCCAACGAAACAAAGAACAAGCUUCGACUCGAUAACUCGCACGGUGUCUAUCACUCUCUCGUCAGUGUACGAUGAGAUCAAUGAAACGCCACGCAAGAAGCGACCCAUCGAGUCUCGAGCGCCCUCGACACUUCCUAGACGUAAAAGAUCAGGAUUCCUGCGCCACAGACCGUCGAAAUUGGAUCUCAUUGAUCACAAAGAACUGACAUUUUUCCCCUUGCAUGCACAGGCCUCCGACUGUGGCAACAACGAACCCCUGGUCUUCGUCGAGGACUACUUUGUAUCCGACUACGAACGUUCACUCAAGAACCCUGAAGCAUCGAUUAAGAAGUGCACCACCUGCUUUGCACCUCUCUACGAGUUCUCAAGCUUCCUCGAGUCCAUGGACAAACGAGACGCUUGCAAAUACUCCGAGUUUGUGUGCACGAAAUGUACACACAAGGCAUUCCCUGACCGUUCAACUGGAUUUGGGAGGUCGGUGCGGAAAGCUCAAUCUUCAUACGAGCUUCGUUCUCGCCAACCAAUGGCACAGAGCAGUGUCGGUACCUCACCUUCUCGCCCCAUGUGGUGGGAUUCGCUGUCCAGAAAACUGAGAUGGAGAUGGAGAACCAAAGGGCUCAUCCCCAAAGAUGUUUUGGAUCUCAUUAAUCCCCCAGCACCAACCUCGCAUUACUAA